AGAAACUUCAUGUCGACGUCAGAACCACCCUUGAAGCGGCAAAGAACAGAUGACGAGAACCAGUGCUCCGUGAUCCUUCGCUCGAAAGACUUCUGGUUUGACGACGGAAACGUCAUCUUGCAAGUUCAGUCAACCCAAUUCCGCCUGAGCAAAUCGGUCCUCGCAAUGCAUUCGCCCGUCUUUCGCGAUAUGUUUUCUCUCCCAUUACCUCCAGAAGAGCCUUUGGUUGAGGGAUGCCCUGUCGUGGUCUUGUUUGGGGAUACGAGUGAGGACUGGGAGUAUCUCCUCCGGGCGAUUUUUCCCAAAGAGUGCUUCCACGAUGGCGCGGACAGCGCCCCAUCUGUGCCCGACCUGUGCGCGGUCCUGCGUCUCAGCAAGAAAUACGACAUUGCGGGUUUCCGAAAGCGCUGCGUAAAGCUGCUCAAGACAACUUUCCCCAGCAGUCUGGAGCAGCUGGAUGACGUAGUGGGGUUCCAGUGGCGCGGCUUGUCUGUUAAGGUCGACGCCGACACGGCUGAAGUGUGUGUUCAAAUCAUCAACCUCGCACGCGAAGUCGGCCUGUAUUCCGUCCUCCCAAGCGCAUUCUACACCAUCCUCCACUGGCAGCACGGGGAAUCGGGGAGGCAAGACAAGCAUAUCGCGAAUUUGGAGCACAAGGAGGAUCAGUUCAAGUACUUGAAGGCGUGCAACACAAUCAUUCGCUGCUAUGAAGCAACACCUUUAGUAUGGUUGAGCUCACAAUCGGGAAUAUCGUGGGACGGCUGUUUGCACCAUCUCCAAUGCAGCGCGCAACGAAAGGCACUUCUUCUCGAGCUGCUCUCAGCUCCCGAUCAGGUGCUCGGCUUCUUGGAUGAGUGGAAUGAUGAGUGGGAUCAGAAAAUGUGUGCACUGUGUGCGGAGAAGGCGAAGCCAGUCUACGAAACCACUCGCAUCAAGUGCUGGGAGAAGCUGCCGGAGUAUUUUGGCCUGGACGACUGGGACACCUUGCGGAAGAUGGACUUUGAAUAG